AUGGAGAUUGAGUCUAAGACAGUGCCUGCGGCCGACACGGCCAGCAUGGCCGAGCACGACGAUGCGAAGAACGAUACGGAGCAGUUUCGCGGCCUCAGACGUAUCCCCGAUAAACUGCCAGCGGUUGCGCUGCUUAUUCUUGUCGUCGAGCUCGGCGAGAGAGCAACCUAUUUUGGUCUAUCAGGCCCAUUCCAAAACUACAUUAACAACCCGUAUGCACCUGGGUCUGACCUCCCAGGAGCUUUGGGGAAGGGUCAAGCCGUGGCUACCGCGCUGGGAAACUUCUUCAAAUUCUGGGCCUAUGCUUCUACCGUGAUUGGCGCCAUCAUCGCCGAUCAAUACCUCGGCAAGUACAAAGCCAUUUUAUGUGCAUGCGGCGUUUACAUCGUCGGACUCGUAAUUCUCGUCGCCACUGCCUCUCCAUCCGCCAUCACAAAUGGUGCGGGUUUGGGUGGACUCGUCGCCGCCAUGGUUACGAUUGGACUAGGCACGGGCGGCAUCAAGGCCAACGUGACGCCCAUGUGCGCCGAGCAAUACCAAAACUCUCACCCGGUCCUGAAGACCCUCAAGUCAGGGGAACAGGUUAUUGUUGACCCGGACCUGACGGUGCAGAGGCUGUUCAUGUGGUUCUACUGGGUCGUCAAUAUUGGAGCUCUGUCACCUCUCAUCACCGUCAACGUCGAGAAGCAUCACUCUUUCUGGCUAGCAUAUUUAAUACCUCUGAUCAUUAUCCUGUUAUCUGCCGGCGUCUUCGUUUGGGGGCGAAAGAAGUACGUCAAGGUACCUCCGAUGGGCUCUGCCAUUCUCGAUGCGUUUCGUACAGUGAGCAUUGCAGUCAAGGAGAAAGGGUUCCAUAAUGCGCGUCCCUCUGUGCUGCUGGAGCGAGGGCAUGCAGACAGAUACCCCAUCGCCAGGCAAGAGAGGUACACGGACUCAUACGUCGGUGACGUCCAGCGUGGUCUGAAGAGCUGCAAGAUGUUUUUGUUUUUCCCAUUCUAUUUUAUCUGCUGGAACCAGAUGUGGAACAACCUCAUAUCUCAAGCCGGCACAAUGGCUCUGCACGGAACGCCAAACGACCUGCUACAGAAUCUCGAUCCCAUUGCGCUCUGUAUCUUCAUACCAUUUCUAGACGUCGUUGUUUAUCCCCUGCUGCGCAAGUACAAGAUCGACUUUGACCCAGUCACCCGCAUCUUCAUGGGUUUCAUGUUUGCGUCCUUUGCCAUGAUUUACGCCUGCGUCUUGCAGCACUACAUUUACAACUCGCCACCAAAGAGCAUACACGUUUGGAUCCAGGCGCCCAGCUAUGUCCUGGUGGCCUUCUCUGAGGCGUUCGUCAUCAUUACGGGCCUCGAGCUUGCCUUUACUCAGGCGCCGAAGAACCUUCGGUCCGUCAUUUCGGCGUUGUUCUGGUUGACUAUUGCCGUGGCGGCGGCCAUUUGCAUCGCGCUCGGAGCCGUCUCGCAGGACCCCUACCUUGUGUGGAUGUACGGAUCAUUAGCUAUUGUAGGGUUUGUGGCGGGAUGUCUGUUCUAUAUCUGCUUCUUUCCCGGCAGGAGAAGGUGGUCUCCGCGCGAGGAAGUGGUGAUUGAGGGAACAGCACGUGAGUAA